AUGCCUAGAAAGUUCUCCUUCCCCAGCAUCAAGAUGUAUGACGGUACUGGCGACCCCGACGAUCACAUCGCGCAGUACAAGCAAAGGAUGUUGGCGGUUGCACUCCCUAAGGAGUCUCGCGAAGCCACGAUGUGCAAAGGGUUCGGUUCCACUCUGAUCGGACCUGCCUUGCAAUGGUACAUCAAUUUCCCCAUCGGGUCCAUAUCUUCCUUCGCAGGCCUGAGCGACAAAUUCGUGGAACCCCUGCGAGACUACAUAGCCCGCUUCAACCAGGAGAAAGUGGCGGUCCCCGAAUGCAGCAUCCCUACCACGAUCUCUGCCUUCAAAAGAGGUCUACUUCCAGAUGGGGGGCUAUACAAAGAGUUGACCAUGUACCCUUGCAAGACCAUGGAAGAUGUGUUUUCCCGAGCCUGGGCGCAGGUGAAGUGGGAGGAAGAUGUGGCUAGCCCUACCAAGGCUCAGCCAAAGCAGAACCAAAGGUCAGACCGAGAGGAAAGAUCCUCCCAGAAAGGAUCCAAAGACUCUGGUAGUAGGAACAGGGGCAGGUUCCAGUACCGGCCUCAAGAGAAGGAAGAAGGGAUGUCGGUAUCUACCUUGCCCGAUAUCCUCCAUCUCUCAGUAUCAACGCCAGAGCUAGUCAACGCACUGAAACAGAUGGGCCAACAGGUUAUGUGGCCUCCAAAGAUGAAAGCACCUGACUCGUUCCGGAACCCGGAACUUUGGUGUGACUUCCAUCGUGAUCAUGGCCACAAAACCGAAGACUGCAUCGCCCUGAGGAUCGAGGUCAACGAACUACUCCAAAAGGGGUAUCUCCGAGAAUUCUUCUCAGAGAAAGCCAAGGCCCACCUCAGCAAAGAGACAGCAGGGAAACCCAAAGGACCUGCACCAACCUCACCACCUCGCCAAGAUCGGGUGAUCCAUGUCAUAUCCGGAGGUUCGGAAGUAAGCGGAGUGAGCCACGCAGCCGCAAAGAAAAGCACCUGUAACGCUAAGCAUGGUCUGGAAACGACCCAACCAAAGCGCCUACUUCUAGGCACCGACGAGAUAAGCUUCACAGCUAAGGAGCAAGAGAAGAUCCUAGCUCCCCACCAUGAUGCUCUAGUUAUCUCUCUCACCAUAGCAAACUGCUUGGUGAAAAUAAUACCAGUAGACAACGGCAGCUCCAGCAACAUUACCUUCCAGACGGCAUACCAAGAUCUAGGGCUGGAGGUGAGCACCCUGACGCGCAAGGUAACACCACUCAUCGGGUUCAACGGCGAGGUCAAGCAAACCGCCGGAGAGGCUAUCCUCCCAGUAUACGCUGAAGGGGUCAACAUGUCUACCAAAUUCCUGGUCGUAGAUUGCCAAUCGGCAUAUAAAAUGAUCUUGGGACGACCAUGGAUUCACGCCAUGGGAGAAGUCCCUUCAACCUUUCAUCAGAUGGUGAAGUUCCCUACACCCUGGGGCAUCAGAAUAAUCAGGGGAGACUAG